ACUCCACCCCCCCGCCCUGUUCUCAUCUCUGAUUUGAUUAGGAUAUGAAAAAUACUUGUGUGAAAACAUAAGUAAAUGCUAGUCGAUUCUCUUGUUGUGAGUAAUUGAAACAAUACAAGUUGACUAGAGAAUCGUCUCUAAGACCGACUGAAUUUUUUACUAGACGGGGCAAUCUAGAAACCGUUUCGCUUUAUCUAUUUUCAUGUGAAUUAAAGUCUAAUGAUUAUGUUUUUUGUUCUUAUAAUAGAUAGAACUACCAUCAUUAUUGCUCAUCGCCUUUCUACUGUACGUCAUGCGGACAAAAUCAUUGUGAUCGAUAAGGGUAUGGUUAUCGAAGAAGGUAAUCAUGAAACACUGAUGAAACGUCAAUCGAACUAUUAUAAUCUUGUGAAAAGUCAAGCAUUCGAAGAACCACUUGAGACUGAUGAUUAUCAACCGCAGUUAUCAGAAUUGACACCAGUUCUUGGUGGGAUGAAAUUCUUUUUUGGAAAUUUAGUACAUACUUGUUUUUCUUUCUUAUUCAGAAGACUCUAAUAACUCAAACUGUGACGAUGAAAUGAGUGCUCUUCAAAAUGGCGAAAAGAAAAACAAAAGUAGCUUCAAAAAGAAAACAGUAUAUAAAUCUAUUGAUUCUUAUUUACUUUGAAUAUUCUUCUUGAUGCUAUUAUGAUUAGGAUUGGCCUUCAUUGGCCAUACUGAAAUUGAAUCGUCCAGAAAUACUUCUAAUCCUCAUUGGUGCUUUUACAUCUAUCUUCAAUGGUGGUCUUGAACCAGCAUCUUCUAUUUUACUCAGUGAAAUAAUUGGAGUAGGAUAA